CCGUUUACUAAGGGGGGUCAGGACAUCGUUUUUGUGGAGCCCCCCCCGUGAGUGCUGCACAGCUAUUUUUGGGGUAGGUCAGGUCAACCAAUAUUGAGAUAUCCAACAGAAUGGCUUUGACUAAACCCAAUCCUAUGGGACCAUGGAAGAUCACAGUCUAUGACCAGGAGAACUUCCAGGGAAAGCGUAUGGAGUUCACUGCAUCCUGCCAGAACAUCAUGGACUGUGGCAUGGACAAUGUUCGCUCCCUGAAGGUGGAGUGUGGAGCCUGGGCAGGGUAUGAGCACUCCAGCUUCUGUGGACAGCAAUUUGUGUUGGAGAGGGGGGAGUACCCUCGCUGGGAGUCCUGGAGCGGCAGCAAUGCCUACCACAUCGAGAGGAUGAUGUCCUUCCGCCCCGUCUGCUCUGCUAACCACAAGGAGUCUAAGAUUGUUGUCUUUGAGAGGGAGAACUUCAUUGGGCGGCAGUGGGAGAUGAAUGAUGACUACCCCUCUCUGCAGGCCAUGGGCUGGGGCAACAACGAGAUCGGAUCCAUGCAGGUCCAAAGUGGAGCCUGGGUGUGCUACCAGUUUCCAGGUUACCGUGGCUACCAAUACAUCAUGGAGUGUGACCGUCAUGGAGGGGAGUACAAACACUACAGAGAGUGGGGAUCCCAUGCUCAGACCUUCCAGGUGCAGUCGCUGCGCCGAAUCCAGCAGUGAGACGAGAGGCCACCUCCUCUUCCCAGUUCCCCUCCCCUUUCUCCCCCUCUCCCUCUUCCACCCCAUCAUCCCAAGCUUGGCCAGUCCUGUCAGACCUCAGAGACCCAUGGCUGAGACCUCCCCCCUCCCCCACCCAGAGCUGAUGUUACCAGCACUUUUGUUUUAUUCCAACGCUCAAAGAAAACAAAGAGAGCGAGAGAAAGAAAGAAAGAUCACAGAUAUGCCCACCACGCAGCGGAGAGUCUUGGGUGGCUGUGUGGCGGUGAUCUUCCUCCAGCUUAUUGCUCCCCGAGUUUAUACAGGGACACUCUGUACUCAAGUGAUCAAUAAAUAAGAAAACGAGAAACAUCAACAAAUAAACAGCAUUACAAGUGUC